GAAGGAUGCACUUUACCAGCUCCAUUGGAUCAGGAGAGACCAAGACUCAGACAGGUGCCCCAUGGAGAUUGCAGGUGCUGGGAGUAGCACCACCUAAAGAGCCCAGGGAUUCCAAAGAUGCUCAGACUUCAACUACAGGAAUCACGGAAAGAUACAUAAUCAAUAUGGAGAGAGAAACUCUACAAACUUCUAGAGGAUAAUGGAACCAGGAGCACCCGGAAGUGUGGAUUUAGGGCUUUAACAUGGACAAGGCUCCUAGGCCAGAUCUCCUGAACUAGCAAAUGGUACAACUACCAGAAGCCACUGGAUCCUUUUCUACAUUACAGCUCCCAUUGGUGCCAACAUCAGGACAGCUGAACAAUUAAAACAGCUGCUGUCCAGCUUCUCCCCGUGAAUCCUAGAUACUGACGUGAAAAAGGGCCCCAGGAGAGACAGGGAAGCUCUAGUGGAUGUGAACAUUUGUACUGAUGAAUUGAAGAGGUGGAGGCUCCCUGCUAGCCUGGCCGUGAGAAGGUGGAGAGGCCAGAUUCACAGAUCUGAACUGGAUCAGCCUGAAGAAGUGGGGGGGAGAAACGAAACAAACACAACAAAACCGUACCAGACCUUCAGCUGUAACUAGCAGCAUCACCACAGCAACCAGAAAAGACAAUUAAAAGACAACUGGGGCUAAAGCGGAGCAUAUGAAGGUGCAGCUCCUUACCUUUGGAUAGAAGAGAGCAAAAUAAUUAUGCAGAAGAGAAAAGAAUAUUUGACUGAUCCAGCCACACUAUGGAAUAGGGAAGUGUCCUUUCAUUAACAGGAAUGUGCCACUGUUUAUUCACAGGAAAGGGGAGUGCCAUGAGAUCUACUGAGGAGACUAUCUGUCUGUGGUUGCAUUUCUACAUUUGUUUGCACCCCUGCUGGGACUGAACUAGUUGGUAUAGGCCUAUUGGCCCAUCAGGUAUUGGAUAGUGAUUUUUUUCCCACAGGGUGCACCUGGCACGAGAAUUGAAAGAGAUUGCAGCUCUUGCUCAGAGAGAGAGAGAGAGAAUCUCCAGUUCUCCUCUUCUGUUACUGUCUGCUAUACCAUGGGAUGUAGGCAAAGCUCUGAGGAGAAAGAGGCAGCGCGGCGGUCCCGGAGGAUUGACCGCCACCUGCGCUCUGAGAGUCAGCGACAACGACGUGAGAUCAAGCUCCUACUCCUGGGUACAAGCAACUCUGGCAAGAGUACUAUUGUCAAGCAAAUGAAAAUCAUUCACAGUGGUGGCUUUAACUUGGAGGCUUGCAAGGAAUACAAACCUCUGAUUAUCUAUAAUGCCAUUGACUCCCUCACACGCAUCAUUCGUGCUCUAGCCACCCUUAAGAUAGAGUUCCACAAUCCUGACAGGGCCUAUGAUGCCGUGCAGCUUUUUGCCCUGACUGGCCCAGCUGAAAGCAAAGGAGAGAUUACGCCUGAGCUUCUGGGAGUCAUGAAGCGGCUCUGGGCAGACCCCGGUGUGCAGGAGUGCUUCUGCCGAUCUAAUGAAUACCACCUAGAGGAUAAUGCUGCAUACUAUUUGAAUGACCUAGAAAGGAUUGCGGCACUGGACUACAUCCCUACAGUUGAAGAUAUUCUGCGUUCUCGGGACAUGACCACAGGGAUUGUGGAAAAUAAAUUUACCUUCAAAGAGCUAACUUUCAAAAUGGUGGAUGUGGGUGGACAGAGGUCUGAGCGCAAAAAAUGGAUCCAUUGCUUUGAAGGGGUUACAGCAAUAAUUUUUUGCGUGGAGCUGAGUGGAUAUGACUUGAAGCUGUAUGAGGAUAACCAGACAAGUCGAAUGGCAGAGAGUCUGCGUCUCUUUGACUCCAUUUGCAACAACAACUGGUUUAUCAACACUUCCCUCAUCCUCUUUCUGAAUAAGAAAGAUCUUCUGGCAGAAAAAAUCCGGCGCAUCCCGCUAACCGUCUGCUUUCCUGAGUACAAGGGCCAAAACACUUACGAGGAGGCAGCAGUCUACAUCCAACGCCAAUUUGAGGACUUGAAUCGCAACAAGGAGACCAAGGAGAUUUACUCGCACUUCACCUGUGCCACUGAUACCAGUAAUAUCCAAUUUGUCUUUGAUGCGGUGACAGAUGUCAUCAUUCAGAACAAUCUCAAAUAUAUUGGCCUCUGCUAAAAAUCCUUGGGCCUCAAUCUGUUUUCCUGAGGUGACGCAAAAGGGGCUUACCACCUCCAUUUGUGGUGGAAACAAUGGGGCAGUACUUCGAAGCCCAAGGAGAGGAAGGGGAAAGCUGAAUUAUGUUCACAGCCCCCCCCCAUCCCUCUUAUCCUCGCCACAAACAUUUUUUUCAAAAAUACAUGUUUUGUAGGGUGCAAAGGCUCCAAAAAAACAUUGAGGUGUAACUGUGUGGAAAUGUUAUCACCACAAUCACCACUGGCUCAUUCUGUUUGUUUCAUUUCAUUUUCCUCAGAUGGCAGAGCUACCAUAUUCUAUGUAAGAAAUAAUAUUUCAUCCAACUGUCCUAAAAACCCAUUUUACUGCGAGGAAGAUGCAGAGCUGUUGAAUGGGAGAUGGGCCUGCCUUGCAGGGUUUCUUUCUAGGAGAAAAGGCAACAGAACAGGAAAAUUUCAGUAAAGCCUUCCUUACAGCUGUACAGAAGGAACACGUAUCCACCAUACUGGCACACACACACACACACAGUAUAUACACACACAUCAUGUAUAGAAAUGCACACAACUCGCAGCAUAUACUGUUUACACACUUCUGCUCUGCUUCAUUAUGUGUCAUGGACACCCUUCCUGUUAAAGGAAUUGUUGGUACAGAACUGUUCUAUGAUUUCUAGCCUGACCUUUAGCCCUUUCUUCAAAGCUUCAAAAUAUGCAGCAAAAGUACAUGAAUGAAAUAACUAAUUAAAACUAGGCCAAAUCAAGGUCAGUGUUUCUUCUACUGCUGAGGAAUUUUAUACAUCGAGAGUCGUCUUUACAUCUUUUUUUGCCAAAUCUUGUGGUGUUUCACAAAAACAAACAAACAAAAAACCCUGAAAGUCGAAAAAAGCGGUGUUCUUUUUAACACAGAUACAUACAAAAAAAAUUUAAAAAUCACAAGGUAAUUUUUUAAACUAUUGUUUUAGUGUCUGGAUUGCUGAGUGUGAAAGUUGCCAAUGGAUAAUUCUGCUCCAUUGCUCCAAAGAAAUUCUGGGAAAUAUGGUGAUAUUGUAACAGCCUUCCCAGGGAGCUGGAGCCAAUGAGACUGUGUAUUAUAUAGCCUCUAAAGUCUUUUUUGUUGUUUUUUAUUUAAAAAAUGUGAUGUAUUAUUAGAGGGUUAACAGAUGAGCGAUAUGAACAACAACUAAAUGUCUUGAUAUUUGAAUUUAAUAAUUUAAAUUAUUUGCAGUUUAGUGAAAUUAAAGAAACAGAAGAGAUGCAUUCCUCAGUUCCAGGUUUCAUCUCGUACAGAAAUACUACUGGAUAUAGUACUGUUUCAGUGAAAUUAUGGCAUAUUUGAAUCUCAGACGAGCUCUGUGGGACUAUACUGGAAAAUCUCACAUGGAUCAAAUCGGCCUAAAUCUCUGGUCAUUUGAUUCUUUCCCUCCCCCCUACAUAGAAAAGACUUCUUACAGACUUCAGUGUAAAGUCAAUGUGUAUAUAUACAUUCAAGAAUUGUAAAGCACAUUCACACACACUAUGGAAAAUCUCCUCCCUUCCUUUGUUCCCCACAUGUACCAAGAUUAGUGUGAGAAUUCUCAGCCAAGGGCUCUAAGAAAUUUAAAAGAAAAAAAAGUUAAUUAUACCAUCAAAGUUAAAGGUUGUCCACAUUAAGAAAAUAAAUACUCUGAAUGAUA